AUGAACUCAAGUGUAGUCAGCUUAAUUUUUCUUGUUUUAUUGUGUUGUCAAACUGUUAUCCAAUCAAUUCUAGGAAGAUACUCAAGGGGUGUAUUACAUGAAACAUACUCAAUACCAUCAACUAUUGUAUUUAAUGAAAUAUUAAAAUUUUUAAUUUGUUUGGUCAUGUUAAAAUUUGUUCAUAAAAAGGAGAAUUUACUUCAGCAUGUUAUUUAUUUAAUUAAAACAUCCCUUAUUGCGUCAGUUCCUGGUUGUAUUUAUUUUAUUCAAAAUAUGCUUCUUUAUAUUAUCCUUCAAAACACACAAGCAGCUGUUUACACUGUUAUUAUUCAGUUAAAAGUAUUUACUACUGCAAUAUUUUCAGUACUAUUCCUUGGACGUAAGCUUUCAAUUGCACAAUGGAGAGCAUUAGCUUUAUUAGUUACAGGAGUAAUUCUUGUUGAGAUUAGUACAAACCGUUAUUCAAGUGAAAAAAAGAAUGAAACUGAAAACAAUCUACUUGGAAUUGUUUUGAGUUUAGUAAUGGCAUGUUGUUCUGGUUUUAGUGGUGUUUAUAUGGAAAAGAUCUUGAAAAAUAAAACAAGUGGAACUGAGCCAUUAAAUAUUUGGGAAAGAAAUAUUCAGUUAUGCGUUUAUGGAUGUGGAUUUGCCCUUUUAUCUACUUUCAUUUUUGAUGGUAAAUCAAUACUUGAUAAUGGGUUCUUUGGUGGAUGGUCAUAUAUCACUGUUUUAUUAAUUAUUAUUCAAGGAGUUGGAGGAAUUUUUGUGGCAUUAGUUAUGACAUAUGCUGAUAAUAUUGUUAAAGGAUUUUCCAUUGGAUGUGCCAUUGUAUUAACAACCAUAUGUUCUAUUUUUAUUUUUGGAACACAAGUAGACACUACUUUUAUAAUUGGAGCAGCUUUUGUCAUUAUUUCAAUUGCUAAUUAUAAUGAUAAGUACGUAAAGGCUGAAAACUAAUUUUUUUCUUUAAGAAAAGAAAAAAUAAAAAUAUUAGAAGAAAGAAAUAUAAAAAACUUUAAUUGAUUUUUUAUUUUUCUUU